UCGCACAUUAAACUCACCGUCAUAGAUUGAGUUUCUUUUAUAAACUAUUUUUUUCGAAAUAUAAAUAAAUUAAAACAGCAUUUACUAGAUAGAGAUAUUGGUGACUAGUCGUAUAUAAGAUAAGAGAUGUAACUGUGAUGAAUCAAGGAAAUAUGACGUUGAAACCUGUUACUCAUGUGUUAUUUGAUAUGGAUGGAUUGAUAUUAAACACUGAAGAUCUUUAUACUUUGGGUUUUCAAGAAAUUGCAUCGCGGUAUGGUAAAAAUUUUACGUUUGAACUAAAAUGUCAAAUAAUGGGUCAGCAAAGUAAGGAAUUUGCAAAAUCAAUAAUUGAGGCGCUGGAAUUACCCAUGUCCGUAGAUGAAUUUUUAGUUGAGACACGGAAAAUUUUUAACGAUUUAUUUCCACUAUGUUCAGUAUUGCCAGGAGUCGAGAGACUAAUUAGGCACUUAAGCAAAUGUAAUAUUCCAAUAGGUUUGGCUACAAGUAGUAGCCAAGAAACAUAUGAAUUAAAAACUAAGAACCACAAAGAACUGUUUGAUUUAUUUACUUACAAAACAUUGGGAUCUUCAGACCCGGAUGUGAAACGAGGAAAACCACAUCCCGAUAUAUUUUACACGGCUGCUGCUAAGUUUCCCGAGAAACCCAACCCUCAACAUUGUCUGGUCUUCGAAGAUUCACUAAAUGGGGUACAGGCUGCUACUGCAGCUGGCAUGCAAGUUGUAUUAAUACCAGAUUCUCGCCUGGACCAUUCAUUGGCUUCUGACGCUACACUGAUCAUUGAAUCAAUGGAGCAUUUUAAACCAGAACUUUUUGGCCUCCCGCCAUUAAAUGAGUAGUAAGUGCAAAUAUAAUUAAACAAUUUUAUCAUUGUUUUUUUUACAAACAUGAAUAAACAUGUAAUGUUGUUUAAACAUAUUUUAGCUGUGUUGUAAAAUAAUAAUGAAAAAUAUAAAAAACAAAAUAAAUCUUUUAUUGAAAAGUAACAAGAACAAUUUAACAUUUCA